CACCAUAUAAAGACCACCGACAUUCCUCACCCAUUCGAUCCAUCAACAAUCUUAGUUUACUACAAAACACUACUACAACCAAAAUGACGCUCAAGCCCGACACCCAAGAAGGAGUUUUCCACGAGGGCUCCAAGAACUCCCACCAGGCCAACGACCCCCAAGACUCCCGCUCCCUCGCUAACCGCGCAAACGCCGAGCGUAAGGAGGAGAAGGAGGAGGCCAAGCGGGAAGCUGCUGAGGCGGAUAAGGCCGAGCAGCAGGAGAGGGAGGAGUUGGCGGAGAUUAACAAGUAAAUGGAAGCAUGUGGUGCUGGAUGCUACGUGCUGCGUGCUGAGGAGUGUAUGAGUAUUAUUUGCAUUGGGGUUUGCAUUUUCAGAUGAGAUGAGGUGA